AUGGCCGACAAAUUUUCUAGAUUCAACGAACAACGUGAUUUCCAGGGGGGAAAUCACUUUGACCAGUAUGAAGAGGGCCAGUUGGAGCUGGAACAGGCGUCCUUGGACAAGCCCAUUGAACCGGAUAACAUCGGACACCGGUUGCUUCAGAAACAUGGAUGGAAGCUGGGGCAAGGCCUGGGCAAAACAAUGCAGGGACGCACCGACCCUGUGCCCAUUAUCAUCAAACAUGACGUUAUGGGGAUGGGACGGAUGGAGAUGGAGCUCGACUAUGCAGAAGAUGCCACAGAAAAACGAAGAGUUCUGGAAAUCGAGAAGGAAGACACAGAAGAGCUGCGGCAGAAAUACAAGGACCAGGUGGAAAAGGAAAAGGCCAUCGCAAAGGCUUUGGAAGACCUGAGAGCAAAUUUCUACUGUGAGCUAUGUGACAAGCAGUACACCAAACACCAGGAGUUUGACAACCACAUCAACUCCUACGACCACGCUCAUAAACAGAGACUAAAAGAGCUAAAACAAAGAGAGUUUGCACGGAAUGUGUCAUCACGCUCUCGUAAAGGAGGAAAGAAGCAAGAAAAGAUGCUGCGUAGAUUGCAAGUGUUGGCUCAACAAAGAAAUAAGCAGGAGAGUACUCCUGGAAGUGGACCCAAAUUUAAACCCACUACAGUAGCCGUGGAUGGCGAAAAUGCAGAGGACAGUGACAUGGCGUCGGAAAACGUGCCUGAAGUUGCGGUCGAAGCCCCCGUGAUCAUGGAUAAGAGCGAGGAGGCGUCCCCAAAGCAAAGCUCUACCAUCAGCUUCUCCCUGGGGAAAAGCAGCUCCUCCUCUCCGACGCAGAGCAGCAGUGGUUCCAAAGUCAGCGUGUCCUUUUCAUUCGCAAAGAAGGCGCCCGUUAAGCUCGAGACAGCUGCCGCUGUGUUCAACGAUCACGGCGAGGAGAUAGUGGAAGAGGGCGAAAGUCAAAAUGGAGAGAAGGCGGCCGGACAAGAGGAGGGUGGAACGGACAGCCCCAAACAGGUGUCCGAGGCUGUUGAAACGGUAGAAGCGGUGACUGUGAAUACACCGGUAACAGAAGAGGAGCAACAGCAGCCAGAAGACGACGGAGCGUCUCUGGCGUCCACGCUGAACAAACUCAAAAUGAUGAUGAAAAAGGAGGAGGGGUAUUGCGGCCAGGAGCCUCAGUACUAUCACUAUAUCCCACCCGCUCACUGCCGGGUCAAGCCACAUUUUCAGUUCUUGUUGUUCAUGAAAGCAACGGAGCAGAAGCCCGGCAAAGAGGAGGAAGACAACAAGGCAAAAGCAGAGGCGGUGACGACAGAGGUCACCCCGGAACAGACGGAGGUGAACACAAGCGAAUCUAAAGCAGUUGGGAGGAAGGCGAACGUUCCUGAAACAAGAAGUAGGCGAAGUAAAGCCGGCGAAAAUAAAAGCAAUGACAUUAAGAACAGUGAAAGUAAGAAGAGCGAAAGCCAGGCCGGUGACCCGAGUGAGAAAAAGACAAGCGACAAAAAAAAUGAGAAAAAGACAAGCGACAAAAAGACUAGCGACAAAAAAACUGGUGACAAAAAGGGUAGUGACAAAAAAGCUAGCGAGAAUAAAUCAAGUGAGAAUAAGAUGAAGACUAGCCACAAUAAGAAGAAUGAAAGUAAAGCCAGUGUACAAACCGACAAAAUGACUGGCGAGAGUAAGGAUAGCGACGGAAAGAUGAGCAACGGAAAGACGAGCAACGGAAAGGCUAGCGACAAUAAAACAAAUAACGGAAAAGCUAGCGAUGGAAAAGCCAGUGACAGUGGUAAAGAUGGUAAGGCUAGUGAUGAUAAAGAUGGUAACCCUAGCAACGGUAAAGCUAGCGACGGUAAAGCUACUGCCGAUAAAACUAGCAACAAAAAAUUGAGCGACAAUAAGACUAGUGACGCAAAUGCCAGCAACUCUAAGCCUAGCGAAGGUAAACUUGGCGAAGGUAAGCCUGGCAAAGGUAAGCCUGGCGAAGGUAAGCCUGGCGACGGUAAGCCUGGCGACGGUAAGCCUGGCGACGGUAAGCCUGGCGACGGUAAGCCUGGCGACGGUAAGCCUGGCGAAGGUAAGCCUGGCGAAGGUAAGCCUGGCGAAGGUAAGCCUGGCGACGGUAAGCCUGGCGACGGUAAGCCUGGCGACGGUAAGCCUGGCGACGGUAAGCCUGGCGACGGUAAGCCUGGCGACGGUAAGCCUGGCGACGCUCUACCGACUCCACUGAGCGCAGCCACUGGCAGCGCUGGUGCUCAACUGGGGAAGAGGAAACGCACUGUAAAAGAAGUGCCUUCAAAAACCGGACCAGAGGAAGGAACAUCUGCAAAGAGUAGUGAUAAACCCAAUCCAGCAGAGGAGCCUAGCGCCACCAAGCGGCAGAAGACCGAAGCAAGUGUUGCACAAAGUCCCUCCAGCUCUUCGACUGUUCAGAAAGGUCCCACCUCUGGUCGACCCCCGAGCAGCGACAGUGAGGAAGACUCAAACCAGCGCUCACGCCGCCACAAGUCCAGCCCCAGAGACCGAAGGCACCACAGCGAAGAGUCCAACCACUCCCACAGCCGCUCCCCCAGGCGCAGUGAGAGACGGGGCAGCAGUCGCAGGCGGCAUCGCGCCUCUCGCAGCCGCUCGUACUCUAGCAGCUCCGAGCGCUCCUCUCGAGGCAGCAGCCGCUACAGCCACCGCAGCCGCAGCUACUCAGAGAGUUACAGUGACUACAGCACAGACGGCCACCGGCGACGCCAUUCCAAACGCUCCUCGGACUCUGAGUAUGAACGGCACGGCAGCAGAGGCCGCAGGCGGUCCAGGAGGCGUCAGUACUCCUCCUCUUCCUCUGAGGACUCGCGCUCUCGCUCACGCAGCUACAGCCGCCACAAGCGCCAUCGACGGCACCGCAGCAGCUCCCACAGCUCCAGCAGCUGGAGCCGCAGCACCAGCGGCAGGUCCUACAGGCGCAGCUACAGCCGCAGCUCUGCAAGCCGCUCCUCAUCCUCUACAAAAGGGUCUCCUCGCAGAGUGGUCAGGAGCAGAGCGGACAGUGACACAAACCGCAGAGACUUUAACCGCUCUCGAAUCUACCGAUCACAGUCUCCUCGAGCGUCUUCCUCACGAGGCCUUAACCGCAGUGCACAUUCAAGUUCUCAGGCUCUGAGAAUAGGCGGUUCACGAGAUGCAGGAGAACAGAAAAACAUGCUUACAGCUCGACAACUUUUGGCAAAAGUACAGUCCAAGAAGAGCUCUGAUGAUUCUGCCUCAGGAACUAAACCUGGAGGUAAGAUAAAGGACCCACCGCAGGGUUACUUUGGCCCCAAGCUUCCUCCCACUCUGGGAAACAAAGCCAUGUUACCACUUUUUGGAAAACUACAAGCAGGAAAGAGGCCACUGAUUCCUCUCACCAGACCUGACGAGAGCGACAAAGGGAAGGGUUCUGAGUGCGAGAGGGAGAUCAUCCUGGUGGAGCCCAUUCGUGAGUUCCCCCCUCCUCCUCCCCCGCCCGCUCCACCCGUGCUCAAGGUGGAGGAGGUUCCACAGAGCACUGUGGUACUCGACGAGGUUCAGGUACCUACCACUGAGCUGCUCCAGGAGACGAGGCCCCUGUUUGAACAAGAAGUGCCCAUGAUGUUGGGUCCUUAUCAAGGAGAGUCAGAUCAAGACCCUUCUCAAAACCCUAUGAUGGAGCCGCUCAUGUCUGACAUGCUACAGCAGGCUCCAAUGCACGCAUAUGGUUACCCUCCACUGGACGAGGACGGACUGGAGGCCGAGGAGGAUGGACUGGCUCCACUGGAGAGUCAGCCCAUCACUUUUACUCCAGAGGAAAUGGAGAAAUACAGCAAACUGCAGCAGGCCGCGCAGCAGCACAUUCAACAGCAGCUUCUAGCAAAGCAGGUGAAGUCGUUUCCUUCAGCGGCGGCUGCUGCUGCAGCUGCUGCCGCAGCCGCUAACCUGCAGCCUGCCCCUCCUCCCCCUACUCUUCAACAGAUCCACAUCCAGCAGCCCUCUGUGACUAUGGCCCCUGGGAACUCCAUCACCACAAUGCAGCACGCCAUCUUGCAGCACCACGCUGCUGCAGCUAUGGGCAUCCACCCUGGUCACCCACAUUAUCCACACCACGCCCAGCUUGCACAAGUGCACCACAUCCCUCAGCACCACCUCACCCCCAUCUCCCUGUCCCAUCUUGCCCCUUCUCUGGGACACUCUUUAGGACACUCUCUGGGACAUGCGGGCCUCAUUCCGGCCCACCACACAGCCUUCCUCUCUGGACAGCCCAUACACAUCAUCCCUGCCUCUGCUCUGCACCACACUCCUCUCGCGCUGCACCAUGUCCCUCAUGCUCUGUAUCCCACCCUCUUCUCCCAGCGGCCGUCUCAGGCCGCUGCUGCAGCUGCACUCCAGCUGCACCCGCUGCUUCACCCAAUCUUCUCAGGACAGGACCUCCAACAUCCCCCCAAUCAUGGCUCCUGA